AUGGGAACCAUAAGUUACGCUCAAGUCGCCCCAACGGCGGCGACUAUCGCUCUCAACGCUUACAUCUACGGCUACGGUGGCCACUCCUUGGUGACUCCGCAUGCAGCCCUCAAGCAACUAUGGUGGACUGAAGAUCGUAUCGACGGCAAGGUAACAAGAAAGUUUGUGGUGUCACAAAUCAAAGGAGCAGAGCGAGAUUUCUUGGACAAACCUCUUGCGUUCGGUGAAGGCUUGACAGACGACACCUACAUGGAAUGGAUCUUGGGACGAGCAAGACGGCUAUUUCUCAUCUUGGCGGAGAUUGGAAAGCCAGAGCAGAUUUUCGGUCUCAUAGAUGACUCCCUGGAUGACGAUGAUCUGCCGUUCUCUCUCAAGAGCAUAGCCGACAUGGAUCUCUGUGUCGAGCCAGACGAACGCUUGAAUCGAAAGUUUCAUGCCACUCAAUUUCUAUACCUCUUACGUCAAAUAGGUCCGGGAGGCCACAUCGACUAUGGACCUCAGGAGCACAUCCCUAUGGAACACGUCCACAAGCUACCGCCAGCCGUAUCGCUCCAGAUCUGGGACAGAAUACAUUUCCCGAAAGAUCAUGAGCAAGUGUUUGUCAGACGCAAGUUUACAUUUGGUGCUGGCGACGAUAAGGACGAUUUGAGAGAAAUUUACAUGCAGGAUCUCGCAGAAGCAAAACAGCUAGCGCAUCCGCACAUCGCCCGAGUAUGGGCCUCAUAUACCGCUGGAGAUGCCGGGUGUAUUCUCUCUGAUUUUGUGCCGGAGCAUACACUGGCAUCCUUCAUUGCUCACCGUACGCCGUACCAGUUCAUGCGUGUACCUCAAGGAGAAAGACCCGUCAUCCUGCUCGAAUGGAUGCAUUGUCUCAUCGAUGCACUUGCUAUGCUACAUCACCGUGGUGUCCAGCAUGGGGCCAUACGACCGUCCAAUGUCAUCAUAGAUCACGACAACUGUAUUGCAUUCUCUGAUAUCGGGAUUUUACGAACGUUCCAGCGUGGCAAGAAAUUCGUAAAGAACGAGGCCUCAGGUUACUCUGCUCCCGAGACACAUCUCCUGAAUGAGCCGCUUAACAUGCCUAAACCUCUUGUUAUACGCAAGAGUCCAUCUCAGAGAUCACUUGGCAGUAACGCAGCAACAGUAUCCACACGCAGGGACACAGGUCUGGAAAGCGAUAUCUUCUCUUUGGGCUGCGUAUACCUCGACCUCGUCACCUACAUCGUCAAGGGCAAACUAUCAGACCUGCAAAAGUUCCGA